AUGAGCCCGUGGGUCCCUGAUUUCGAGCCUGGGGACGACACGGUGAAGAGGGCUUUGGUGUGGCUCCGGUUGCCGCGGUUGCCCCCGGAGUACUGGUCGACCUCGACCAUACUUCAUAUAGCGGCGCGGGCGGGCCAGCCGGUAGCGGUGGACGGCGUCACUGAGCAGCAGGCGGCGAUGGGUUUCACCCGAGUAAAAGUGGCGAUCGACACCACUGAACCACUGCGGCCCGGCGUUCUGAUACAGGGGAAGACGAAGGUGCGGUGGCAGCCCUUCGUCUUCGAGAAUGUCCCGACCAUUUGCUCUCGCUGUGGGCGGAUGGGGCACGUGGGAGCGGCGUGCCGUUUUCCGGCGGAGUCCAGCGCACACAGGGAGGCGCCCCCGGUGGCUACGGAGAUGGGGGGAAUGGCGGAUCCACCGACCCCGGGUGGCGGUGAGGAGGCCCAGGGGCCGGUCUACGGCCCCUGGAUGGUGGCUACGCGGCAGAAGAUCCCACGGGGUGAUUUGCUGCCGCGGCCGGGGGUGAUGACCGGACCCGAUCCUGGGGCUGGGUCAUCCUCGAGACCACCGCCAUCUCCGGCGAACCAGCAGCUUGCGCCGACUGCUCCGGUGUCCCCGGCGGACACGGAGGGCUGGCAAAAGCCAGCCAAGUUGGCGCGCCGCCGGUCGCCACCGGCGGCGGAGGGGGAUGGGCUUCUUUUGGCUCCUCCGCCUGCUUUUCCUCAGGACGACCCGGCCGACUGGCUCGGGGACGACCUGCUCGAGCCGACAGACUCGGUACCGAGUCUUGACUCGGGGAUGAGCUCUGAGCUCGCACUGCCGCGGGCUGAUCCGGGGACGGGUGGAUCAGCUGCGGCCCGGGCCCAGUCACAGAAGAGGCCCAGGCCGCCAGCGGCCCAGGGCCUGCAACGGGGCCCGGGAAUGAUGGGCCCGCUGGCCCACGCGCAUCACGCGGUGGGCCAACGGGCUGAUCUGGUGCCGGCCCAACGCGCCCGGGCCCAGGGGACGGGGCGCCGGGGUCGCAGGCCGGCGGGUGCGACCAGAGGCGCGCCCGCAGCACGGGGCGCGCAGCGUGCCCGUUCAGCCCCGGGCCUGCGAGCUUCUCCAGCGGUGGGGGAGCGGGCCCGGGACCUGAUGGGCCAGGCAGCCCUGCCUGUGAGGUCUGAGGGCGGCCCAUGGGCCCAGGGCCCACACGCCCAGGGCACGGGAGAUCUACGGGUGCUCCUCGGGGCGGGCCCGGAGGCCCAGUUUCUGUUGGGCGAUCGCUCUCAGUCUGACAUGGGGGUGGGGGCCCACAUUGCGCCUGACCAGCAGGCCGGCGGCAAGACGACUCCAGUCUUCCGUUUUGGGCCUCUGCCUUCAGACUUGGGUCAGCCAGUGGAUGCGGCCUCAUGCGGACACGAGGCGGGGGGUCUUUCCGCCCCUUCCGCGGAGGCCGAGUCACUACUGUUGGGUGGGGGUACGGACUUACCCACUGUUGUGCAGCGUGUUAGGGCAGCAGUCAUGAGUGCUGCUCUCUCUGCACACGGGGGGGAGGAGGAGGGGGGCGGCCAGGGCGUCGAGCCGGUGGCUGUCCCUGUGACCCUAGGGGAGGAUGGGUCAGAGGCCGACUACGUGGACUGUGACCCAUGA